AAACUGUCUGACAUCAAUCCAUUCUCCGACAACAACGGCGCACAACUGCUACAAAAACGUGUUGAGUUCUGACAGGGAAAAACUUUAUGCUAUGGAACCAUCUGGGGACGAACUUGUUUUCUUUGUAAAUGGGAAAAAGAUUUUGGAGCGAAAUGCAGAGCCAGAGAUGACGCUUUUGACUUACCUCAGAAGAAAAUUGGGUCUGACCGGUACCAAGCUGGGCUGUGCUGAGGGAGGCUGUGGGGCUUGCACUGUCAUGGUCUCCAAGUUCCACCGGCAUCAGGAUCGCAUUGUGCACCAUGCGGUGAAUGCCUGCCUAGCCCCACUCUGCACUUUACACCACUGUGCGGUCACCACUGUGGAGGGCAUCGGCAGCGUCGCAAGUAAACUCCAUCCUGUUCAGGAGAGGAUCGCCAAAGCCCACGGUUCUCAGUGUGGCUUCUGUACCCCUGGCAUCGUGAUGUCCAUGUACUCACUGCUCAGAAACAAGUCCCAGCCAUCCAUGCAGGAUGUGGAGGAAGCUUUCCAAGGUAACCUUUGUCGAUGCACUGGCUACAGACCGAUUUUGGAAGGUUACAAGACAUUUACAAAGGAGGGGGGCUGCUGUGGGGGGAGAGGAAAGGAAAAUGGCUGCUGUAUGACUAAUGGAAAUCAUUCUAAUGGCGACUCAACCAAUGGACACACCAACGGGAAUUCAACUAUCUCUGUCCAACCACUUUAUGAUCCAUCAGAGUUCAGGCCUCUGGAUCCAACACAAGAAGUCAUAUUUCCACCAGAGCUGAUGAACAUAAGUAAGCAAUCUCAGAAAGAGCUGAAAUUCAAAGGAGAGAGGGUGCUGUGGAUUCAGCCCAGUUCUCUCACAGAGCUCCUGGACCUCAAAGCUCGCUAUCCAGAGGCCAAACUUGUGGUCGGGAACACAGAAGUAGGCAUUGAGAUGAAGUUUAAAAACCUGCUGUACCCAGUCAUCCUUGCUCCUGCCUACAUCCCAGAGCUCAACAGCAUUGAACACACAAAGGAUGGGAUCGUGUUCGGGGCCUCUUGCACACUGACAGUGCUGGGGGAUGUUUUGCGCGCGGCAGUGUCCAAGCUGCCCGCGCACCAGACCGAGGUCUUCAAGGCCGUGCUGGAGCAGCUGCGCUGGUUCGCUGGUCAGCAGAUCAGAAACGUUGCGGCCAUUGGAGGAAACAUUAUGACAGCCAGCCCCAUCUCUGACCUCAACCCUGUAUUCAUGGCUGCAGCGUGCAAGUUAACCUUCAUGUCCAAAGGAGGAACACGUGUGGUUGAGAUGGAUGGUAGCUUCUUCCCAGGCUACAGGAAAACUGCCCUGAAGCCUGAAGAGAUUCUGUUGUCAAUUGAGAUCCCAUACACAAAAAAGGGCCAGUACUUCUCUGCCUUCAAACAGUCUCCCCGUCGAGAGGAUGACAUCGCCAUUGUCACCUGUGGGAUGAAUGUGGCAUUUCAAGAGGGCUCCAACAUCGUGAAAGAUCUGCAGCUCAGCUAUGGAGGAAUGGCUCCUACCACUGUCCUUGCUAAAGCCACCAGCAACAAACUCAUUGGAAGGCCUUGGAGUGAGGGGCUGCUGGAGGAUGCCUGUAUGUCCUUGGCUGAGGAAAUGGCUCUGGCUCCGUCGGUCCCAGGAGGGAUGGUGACCUACAGAUGCACCCUGACCAUCAGCCUCUUCUUCAAGUUCUACCUGACUGUCCAGCAUAAAUUGGCUCAGGAUGGAGUGGUUGUGGAGGAUGUGCGGCCAGAUUACAGCAGUGCCACAGAGAUCUUUCACCCAGAAUCUCCCUCAAGUGUCCAACUCUACCAGACAGUGCCUCCUGGACAGAGUGCCGACGAUGUCAUCGGACGGCCCAUAAUGCACCUCUCUGCCUUGAAGCAGGCCACUGGGGAGGCCAUCUACUGUGAUGACAUCCCCUGCUAUGAAAAUGAGCUCCACCUUGCUCUGGUCACCAGCACUAAAGCAUACGCACAUAUCAAAUCCAUUGACACAGCAGAGGCCUUGGCCGUUCCUGGAGUAGUCACCUUUGUGUCCUUUGAGGAUAUUCGUGGCAGCAACAUGACCGGGCCAGUGGUCUAUGACGAGACCGUCCUAGCGAAGGACACGGUCACAUGUGUGGGUCACAUAGUGGGAGCGGUGGUUGCUGACACACAAGCACACGCCCAGAGAGCAGCUAAAGCCGUGAAAAUCUCCUAUGAGGAGAUGAAACCUGUUGUCACCAUCCAGGACGCCAUUGAAAGCCAGUCAUUCUACCAGCCAGUACGGACUAUAAAAAAAGGAGAUGUUUCUCAAGGAUUCAAAGAGUCAGAUCACAUUCAUCAAGGGGAGAUUCACAUUGGAGGCCAAGAGCAUUUCUACUUGGAGACCAACUGCACCCUGGCUGUUCCUCGGGGUGAGGACGGGGAGAUGGAGCUUUUUGUGUCCACACAAGCCGCCACUAAAACACAGACCUUGGUUGCUAAGGCACUUGGGGUGCCAGCCAAUCGGGUUGUGUGUCGUGUAAAGAGAAUGGGCGGCGGCUUCGGUGGCAAGGAGAGUAGAAGUACAAUCCUUUCAACAGUGGUGGCCAUCGCAGCACAGAAAGUCAAAAGACCUGUUCGCUGCAUGUUGGACAGAGAUGAGGAUAUGCUUGUUACUGGUGGUCGACACCCAUUUUUUGGUCGCUACAAGGUUGGCUAUAUGAAGUCAGGAAAAGUCAGAGCUGUAGAGAUGACAUUUUACAGCAAUGCUGGGAAUUCCUUGGAUCUCUCAUUAUCCAUCAUGGAACGGGCCCUGUUUCAUAUGGACAACUCUUACAACAUCCCACACAUGUGUGGCACAGGCUACAUGUGUAAAACCAACCUGCCCUCCAACUCGGCCUUCAGAGGGUUUGGAGGACCCCAGGGCAUGAUGGUGGCAGAGAGCUGGAUAAGUGACGUGGCACUAGCCUGUGGCUUGCCAUCUGAAGAGGUGAGGAGGUUGAAUCUCUAUAAGCAGGGAGAUCUGACUCCAUUCAACCAGUGCUUGCAACAGUUCACCAUUGACCGCUGUUGGGAAGAGUGUUUGGAAAUAUCAAACUAUCACCAGCGGAAGGCAGAUGUGGAAAAGUUUAAUAAGCAGCACCGCUGGACCAAAAGAGGUCUCUGCAUCAUCCCCACCAAGUUUGGCAUCAGCUUCACUGCUGUCUUCCUCAACCAGGCAGGAGCCUUGGUUCACAUCUACACAGACGGAUCAGUGCUGCUGACUCACGGAGGAACUGAGAUGGGACAGGGUCUGCACACUAAGAUGGUCCAGGUUGCCAGCAGGACACUGGGAAUCCCCAGCUCUAAGAUCCACAUCACAGAGACCAGUACGAGCACUGUGCCCAACACCAGCCCCACCGCAGCCUCCGCUUCAUCUGACCUCAACGGCAUGGCUGUUCACAACGCAUGCCAGACACUACUUCAGCGUAUAGAGCCAUACAAGGCCAAGAACCCCACAGGCACCUGGGAAGACUGGGUUAAAUCUGCAUACUUUGACAGGGUCAACCUGUCAGCAAACGGGUUUUACAAGACCCCUGACCUGGGCUAUGACUUUGAGAGUAACUCAGGAAGACCCUUUAAUUACUUCAGCUACGGUGUAGCCUGCUCAGAGGUGGAGAUUGACUGUCUGACAGGAAGCCAUAAGAAUGUGCACACCUCUAUAGUGAUGGAUGUUGGUAAAAGUCUCAACCCAGCCCUAGACAUUGGACAGGUGGAGGGAGCGUUCAUGCAGGGCGUGGGCCUGUUCACUCUGGAAGAGCUGCGCUACUCCCCCCAGGGCUACCUCUUCACCCGUGGCCCCGGCAUGUACAAGAUCCCUGCCUUCGGAGACAUCCCCACCCAACUGAGCGUGUCUCUGCUGAGGGACGCCCCCAAUGAGAGGGCCAUCUUCUCCUCAAAGGCUGUGGGAGAGCCACCGCUCUUCCUGGCUGCUUCUGUGUUCUACGCCAUCAAAGAGGCCGUUGCCGCGGCCCGGGCAGAGUCAGGGUUGUGUGGCCCAUUCAGACUGGACAGCCCUGCCACCCCUGAGAGGAUCCGCAAUGCCUGUGAAGACCAAUUCACAAAACUGUGUCCUCAUGCAAAGCCUGGUACCUUUACACCCUGGGCUGUCCAAGUUUAAACAACACGUGGUGGAUUGAAGAGCUACAGCCGCUUCAAGAUCUCGCACAGUGUGUGUGUGCUUGCGAGUGAGUGUGUGAUGUCUGCCACAAACCAGGUGUGUGUGUGUGUGUGUGUGCUGGACACAGAGUUGAAUUGGAAAAGAAGUGGAUCAUGCAUGGUGCAGAAAGUCCCAGCCUUCUGCCAUGUCCUUAGCACAAAAAAGACAUACACCUUAUAUCCACCUUUGUACUUUGCUGUUUUGUUUGUCUUAACUAAAUACAAGAGUUGCGUCAGUCCACCUGGAUGUUAUGUAAUGUGCAAUGAUUCCAUUGAGAUAAUACAUUGAAACAUUCAGAAUGAAAAUAUUUUUAUUCAUUGUACAUCAAAAUGUCACAUACUCCUACAUGCAGUACUACAUAGUUAAGUAUUUACAGUAGUAGACAGCUUAUUCACAUUAGAACAGCGAUUACUGAACAACACUGAUUACUGAACUCUUUAUUUAAAAUAGAUUUAUUUGAGCACAUAUGGUAAUAUUUAUUACACAUAUCAACCGGUUAACAAUGCCAAUUUUAUCAGACAUGAAUUAAUGAAUUAUUAAAUAAUCCUAUUUGCAAAAAUGAUGUGUCUUUACAAAUAAAUAUACAAAGUAAAA